UGUGAGGGAGUGGUAUUGCUUGACUACAGCACAGUGCUGUGCAUAAAAGCAGACCGACCCAGGCGGGAGAAUCAUUUCUUGUUCACAUUUCUGAGAACGCACAUCAGGAUGGCCUCCGUAUCACUGCCACGCAGGAAGAACCUCUCCGCGCAACAGGCUUUGGCCUUGCUUCAGGAAAUGGACGAAGCAGAUUCUGAUGGAGGAGAGGUUUCAUUUGUCCAGCAGGCCACUGAUACCUCCUCAGAAGAAUCUGAAAAGGAGACGGAACAAGAACCCAACAUGCCUCCACAGAAGAGGCCCCGUGAUACUGGGAAGCCCAGCCAGAGCCACACGGCAAAAGACAGCACUGUGUGGGUUGAGGAGGACAUUGGAAUGCCCAGUGCAGUAGCAAAUCGUUCGUGCUUCACUGCGCAAGCUGGACCCACAGAGUCUGCUAAGCGCAAGAUUACAAGUGUGCUCCAAAGCUUCCUUUGCCUGUUAGACGUGGGAAUGCUGCAGACCAUCAGAGAGUGCACGGUACAUCAAGCCUGCAGAACAGAGCCGGACUGGAAUUUGGCAGUUCAUGAACUUAUGGCAUUCAUUUCAAUCCUGUUUGUAAGAGCAAUCAUGUGUCCUGUUGGUGCCAUUGUGGAUUGCUGGUCAGAAGGAUUUCUGGUACCAGUAAUCAAAGAGACAAUGCCCCGAGAUAGAUUCAUUUCAAUUAUGCAACACCUUCGAUUUGAUGACAGGGACACGCGGGCAGAACGGGUGAAAACAGACAAAUUUGCGGCAAUCUCCGACAUCUGGACACGCUUCAACGAGAACUGA